AUGCCUGGUAUCUUACCCAUGAAAGUGAUCAAGGUUGGCGGCAACGGGUCGACAAGCCGAAUCGCCCAAGCCUGCGACCGGUGCCGAAGCAAGAAAAUACGCUGCGACGGUGUUCGUCCCUGCUGCUCGCAAUGCGCCAAUGUAGGCUUUGAAUGCCGGACUAGCGAUAAAUUAAGCCGCCGCGCUUUCCCACGUGGAUAUACCGAGUCGCUAGAGGAACGAGUCAGGUGUCUAGAGGGGGAAGUCAAAGAACUGAAGGAUUUGCUGGAUGAGAAGGACGAGAAGAUCGACGUUCUGUCUCGGAUACAUUCGUUUUCGCCGCCGUCACAACGAGCCGCCUCUGUGCGGUCCCCCUCGGCUUCUGCGACAGUGAAGUCUAACAGCUCAGAUUCAUCAGAAGGCGUGAUUCACGUGGAAAGAAUGCCCACCCGGGCUUCACAACAAUCCCAGAAUCCCUUUACGGGAUUUUCUAGCACCCAGGGCCUUGCUGAUGUCUUCACCAACAAGCUUGUCAGUGACGCAAAAACAGCAACCAAGAUCCCCACCGGGGCUCUGACUGCUCUGGCUCCCUCGGUGGUUCUAGGUAUUCUCAGUGACACUGUCAAGACGCCACCCCGCUUGGUGUCCGAUCAGCUUAUCAACAUUUUCUUCCAAGAAUGGGCGCCGCUGUACCCCGUGGUACAUCGUCCGACUAUUCUGAAAGCUUACGAGCAGUAUCUUAACAAUCCCGAGUCUCUUCAGCGCAAUAUGCAUGUCAUGGCACAGCUAAACCUGAUCUUCGGCAUUGCUGCUCUCUCCUCUGUGUCCCGCACCAACCAGGACCCGACUUUCUUCGAAGAGAACUGGUCGGCUACCCUUAAUUCAUUCUCUAGUGUAACAUCCGUUGCCAGCCUCCAAUGCUUUGUUCUUGGUCAAAUCUACUGCAUGACAAAAGGCGAUUAUCGCACCUUGCUUCGCUACCGUGCUCUUGCUGUGGAUAUUUGCCACCAGUUAGGUAUGCACGAGAAGCAAGAAAACUCGGCCAAUCCACUGGAGACUGAGACCCGUAAAAAGGUCUUCUGGUGCCAAUACGUGCUUGACAGAUUCUGCUCCGCACUGACAGGUCUGCCAGUCCUAAUGCGUGAAGAGCAUAUCGAGGUUGAAUAUCCGGUUGAUGUGGACGAUGAAAACGUCACAGAGACCGGGUUUUUGCCGACCCUGCCUGGCGAAUCGACACGCAUUUCUAGUGCCAUUGCUUUGUUCGGAGCUGCGAGAAUUCUGAACAAGGCUUUGGAGGAUCUGUACCCCUCUAAAUCUAGUUACGAUGUGUGUGUAUCGAAGAUGCGCUCGGUGACUGGGCAACUGGACGAGUGGCUUCACACGCUGCCUGCCCAUCUUCGCCUCGAGUUCUGCAAGGACAAGCCUAGUACUAACGUGACAAGCAGCCGGUCGCCGAUCCUGUCGCUCGUGUACUACUUUAUCCGAUCUUUGAUCCAUCGCCCAGCUGUGUGCUACGCCGACGAGAGCAUUCGGUCUUCGUCUGUCUUGGCGCUUUCAGAUUCCGCAAAGCAUAUUAUUCAGAUCUUUGAACUUCUUGAUGAGCGGCGCUUGUGCCUCUCUGUUUGUAUCAACAUGAAGGAGCUGAUCGCUAUCUCCGGGCUUGGGCUACUCUGGCAGAUCCUUGAUGUCAAACUUGAUAGCAGACUAGCCAAGGAGACCCAGAAGCUGCUUGGAACCACCAUGCAAUACCUCCAAUCAGAAUCAAGCGCGGCAGCUUUCGAGUUCGGCACCUUGACACACGCCCUGGUUCCCAUGGACGACGGAAUACGCCCAGCCACGGGCAAGCACCUCCAGGAGAUGGUUGCACCAUCGCAAAAGCCAUGCAAAUCUCCCAAGAAACCCUUGCAGAACUUGAAGUCGCGUCUCACGUCCAGCUCCCUUCGCGAUAAGCAGCAACCUUCAACCCACCUCUCCCCCCAGUCCUCUCGCCGCAACACCAUCUCCGGUGCCACACCCCCUCUCGCCGCCCAAACCCUCCGCUCCCCUAGCUGGACCAGCCUACCCUCUCAGCCUGACCACGUACCCGACCACCUUCCCGCCGCUCACUACCUCAACGACAAAGGCCACUCCCCUCUUGACCUCCCCUCCGAUCCCCGCAUGAAUGCACCCUUGGGCUACGACCACCAACGUUCAAUGUCCUGCUCCACGCCCUGCAACCCCUCAGCCAGCGCCAUCACUAUGGCCGACUGGGAAUACGUCCUGAGCGACAUGGACCGCGGCUACUCCAACAUCUUCACAGGCAUCUACGGCGGCAAAGAAUGCGGCGAAGACUCUGGCCCUUUCGCCUCCAUCACAGCAGAAUACGCUGGUAAACCCGCGGAUCCAACUCUGGUGACUCCUAUCAAGACCGAGAUGCACGGCCUUUCGCCCGAGGCGUGGUCGUCUAGCAGUGGUGACUUCGCAGCUCCGAAUGGUAACACCACGCAGAGCGUUCUGAGCUACUCUGGCGAGAGUCUGGGGAGUGCCGAGGAGUCUAUGGCGCCCUUCGCUGAUGUCCGGGACAUGAACACCAUGGAUCCGUUCAGCACUUUUGCGAUGCCUCUUGAGGACGAGGCUGAUGAGUUCUCCCUGGUCAAUGGCUGGGACCGACGGCUGGCCGUCUGA